AUGGGGGAAUACUGCAUAGUGGGACAGGCUAUGGUGGAAAAGAUGGUAAACAACAAAGCUUUUAGAACCACGAUGUCACAAAUUUGGAGGUUGCAAGGAUGGGUGAAGUUCAAAGAGAUAGGUGACCAGAGCUUCUUAAUAGAAUUUCAAGAACUGGCAGAUAAGGAGAAGGUCUUGAGUGGUAGGCCAUGGUUCUUCGACAGGUGCCUAUUAUCUCUGCAAGAAAUUGACGCUAAGGUUUCCAUUAAUAGCAUGCAGUUUCGUUUUGAACCUUUCUGGGUUCAACUGCACAACCUUCCACUAGCCAUGAUGACCGAGGAGGUCGGCAUACAAUUUGCAGAAUCCAUAGGACAUGUUAUCCAUGUAGAUGCAGAGGUUGAUGGACAUGCAUGGGGUCGUUGUUUGAGGAAUUUUUGUUUCCACUGCGGUAUCCUAUACCACAAAGGUAGAAACUGUAACAGUAUACGCCAUGAACAACAAAAGGAAGAUCAAGCCCCCCAACAGUUUGGUCACUGGUUAAGAGCUCAACCCAUGCAUACAGAUAUCUUUAGUGUCCGUAAGUAUGGUGGGUCAAAGGGUGGAGCAACUGGUGGAGCAAGAGGAGGAGCAUACGAUGGCAACAGCAAUCGAGGAGAGCAUGUGCCGGAGAAAGGACAAUGUGACAGAGAAGAGCCCAUACCAAGCAACCAUGUUGUGGAACAGGAGGUGUCAGCGAAAUUGAAGGAAACCUUUCCAGCAGGAAACUUGAAAAGGGUUGUCCAAAAAGCAAAAGGUCAAAAGGCAGAUGAGGAAGUCCCAACCUCUGAAAUGACGACAGGUACACAUCUAGAAACUAGUACCAAAUUUCAUUUAGAUAGGCCACUCCCAAGUGUGCACGAGGCCCUUAGACUGGACACUGACAAUGAGACCCCACUACCUCGGACCUUUACUAUAAUGGAAAUAGAUCAAGUCAAACAAAGUCUAGUUCAGUUAAAUACACAUCCGAAACUAGAUAAACAAGAUGGAACCAAUGAGGGAAAGAACACAGGUGAAGGUUUGACUAGGAGGAAGGUUGUUAGCUCAGAGGUCAUGAAAAUACCUGCUACACAGAUUGAGGGUCCCAUUACCAGAAAAUGGAAAAGGCUUGCCCGAGGAGAGGAAUCUCAUGGAUGUUUAUUAGAGGAAGUUCCUUUGAAUGACAUAACCGAUAUUUGCCAAAGGUCAGGAUAUAGGAGGGGAUGUAAAAGAGGGAGUGAAGAGAAUAAACAAGAUACUAAGAGAAUCAAGAGGGUAGGGACCAUGAAAACAAGAACCAAGUGGCAGAGGCUGGGAGCCAGCCCUUCCAAUAUCAAUGAGCAUUAUAGUGUGGAACUGCCGAGGGCUUGGGAACCCUCGGCCAUGGAUAGUGUGGGACUUAGUGGUGGGAUUGCUCUACUGUGGAAAGAGGAGUGGGAAGUUACAAUCAUUAACUACACCCGUUGGCAUAUCAGUGCACUAGUUAAGGAAGAAGUUAAUGGACAAACAUGGCAAUUCACAGGAUUUUAUGGACAUCCAAAAACAGCAAAAAGAAAAGGGAGUUGGCAAUUACUUGAAAUGUUAAAACCCCCCACACCUAUGGCCUGGUUUUGUGCAGGAGAGUUCAAUGAAAUCCUACACCAGAAGGAGAAACAAGGGGCUACAAGUAGGCCUUAUAAACAGAUUGAGGAUUUCGGGAGGGUAGUCGAGUUCUGUGGACUCCAAGACCUCUACUCACUGGGACAAAACUUUACUUGGUCCAAUAACAGAAGAGGAAGGGAAUUUACAAAAGAAAGAAUUGAUAGGGCAAUGGUAAACAAGGAAUGGAAUGAAUUGUUUAACUCUGGCACCUGUACUGUUCUAGCAGCAGUAAGGUCUGAUCAUUCCCCUCUAUGCAUCAACAAACAUAAGGAAGGCAAUGGAAAAAGGAAGAGGAGAGCGUGCUUUAGAUAUGAGGCAGCUUGGGACCUAAAAGAGGAGUGUAAGGAAAUAGUAGAAAAGGCUUGGAAGGCAGAUAGAAUGAGUGGAGGAGGUGGCAACUCAGUACGACUAAAACUUGAACUAUGCCAGAGGGGCUUAGUGCAGUGGAACCAGAAGGAAAAAGUGCAGACUCAAAAGGAUAUUAAUCAGAAACUGGAAAAGAUUAGUCAUCUCUAA